ACGAUAAAGAAUUGUUUUGGUUGAUUUGUCAUGUUGAUUGGAUCGAGCAUUGGUAGCGAAUUUGGACCGUUACCAACAACGCCUUGGAGUAUGGAACCACCGCGACCACCGAUUGUUGGUGGCGGUUCAAUACCACCACCACCGCCACCUUCAUUGCCCUUAUCUCCAACAGUUGGUCUUUCACCGACAGUACCAUCAGCAACAGGUACAGUACCGAGUCCAAGUGGUGGAAUAUUUCCUGGUGGUGGCAAUCCAUCACCAUCAACUUUGUCAGCGCUAGUCUCACAGCAUCGCUUAUUAGAAUUAUCAAGAUUUGGUCUUAGAGGUUAUGAUUUAGCUCAGCAUAUGUUAACACAACAGGGUGCCGUUUCAAAAUUAUUAGGUACGUUACGACCACCUGGUUUAAUAGGUGGUUCAAAACCAAAAGUGGCAACGCCGGCUGUAGUAUCAAAAAUUGAACAAUAUAAAAGAGAAAAUCCGACGAUAUUUGCGUGGGAAAUUCGUGAAAGAUUAAUUUCAGAAGGAGUUUGUACGAAUGCUACAGCACCGUCAGUUUCUUCAAUUAAUAGAAUUUUAAGAAAUCGUGCUGCAGAAAGAGCUGCCGCUGAAUUUGCUCGUGCAGCUGGUUAUGGUUUGUAUCCACCACAUCCAUACACAGGAUUUCCGUGGCCACCAAAUCCAGCUGCAGCAGCUCAUUUAUGGUCACCAAGCUCUGCCUUGUCGGGUAUUUCAUCUAGUUCAAGAGGUGAUUCAAUAGGACCAUCAACUUCACCUGGUUCUGGAAGUCAUGAUACACUAGGUUCUCCCCAUGGGGAUAGAUUAAUAGACGUUGAGGGCGAGGACUGUGAGUCACUUGAUGGUGAACAACCAAAAUUUCGCCGUAAUCGAACUACUUUUAGUCCAGAACAACUUGAAGAAUUAGAAAAGGAGUUUGAUAAAUCACAUUAUCCAUGCGUUAGUACAAGAGAACGUUUAGCUUCACGAACCUCACUUAGUGAAGCUAGAGUACAGGUUUGGUUUUCCAACAGACGAGCGAAAUGGCGACGCCAUCAACGUAUGAACUUACUGAAACAGCGGGGAAGUCCGGCACAACAGCAUCAACAACACCAUUCCAUGCGGGCAUCACCUCACUCACCGCCAAUCACCCCCACCAACACAAGUACGCCCAACACAACACCCAACAGUCUUCACAGCAGCUCAACUUUAUGUUCGGUUCAAUCCCCCAUAAUUAUCAGCCCAAUCACAAAACAUGGAAUGUUACAACAAUGCACUCAGGAACUCAGCAAUCAAGCAAUAUCAUCCAAUCUGAACAUCAACAACAGCAUCAAUCUAGCUUUAAUCUCCAGCAGUUUCAAGGGCGACAGUCAACAGCGAGAAAAUUUCAUCCAUACAUCAAACAACAACAAUCAAAACAGUCAAUCAGUAACAAUAAAUUCAGCCAACACCAAUUCACACUCACAAUCCAGAACAGUAACUAUACCACCUCAUUUGACACAUCAUUCACAAAUUCCACAGCAGCAUCAACAAUCAUUAGUUGUAGCAGCAGCAGCGGCAGCGAUUGCAGCAGCUCGAAAUUCGACCAACAACAAUCAAACAUCUCAAGCGACGACGAUAGAAAGCAAAAUCACUCAAUUGACAACGGCGGAAACAGCAUUAACGGAAGUGACAUCAGAAAAUUCGCGUCAACUGGAAAACCUGUCGUCACAGAAAAAGGAUCCAACACCAAUUCAGAAUCAACUUUCAAUUGCACAAAUGAUAGUUCCACAACACAAUUGUGUAAUAAAUCAGAAAUCAGAACAACAACAAAAGGACUCACCACAACAAUUCCAUCAUCUGCAUCACUUGCCUCUAGUGCCGCAGGAAGACAAGGUAGUAAAAAUGAAGAGGGUGGAGGUGCCGGAAAACGUGACGUCAUCAGUCACAGCAUCAACUCCAUUAUUAAUGGGAGGUGAACAUAGCGCUUUUCGUUCCAUAGUUAAUCCGUCAUCGGCCGCAGCAUUUGCUUUAGAUUUAGCUAGACAAUAUGCAGCGGCUUCUGUUGCUGUUGCAACAAUGCAUAAUAGAAACACACAAGAUAAUGAAUGUAAUAAAAAUAAUGAAAACUACGAUGAUAAUAGCAGAAAUAAUAAUGAUUAUGCAGAUUCUGAUGAAGAAGAAAUAAAUGUUCAAUCAGAUGAAGACGAAACCAAUUGUAGUCACAAUAAUAGAAUACCUUUGCAAUUAACUAAACAUGACAACAGACAGCAGUAG